AUGGCGGCCACACUAUCCCGUUCGGAGAUCUUGGGCAAGGUCUACAAGAUGGUGCCUCCCAUGCUUGAGAAGUUCCACAAAGGUCAACUGGGAAGAGUCGCCGUCAUCGGUGGCAGUGAAGACUACACGGGAGCUCCAUAUUUCUCCGCAAUGGCAUCGGCGAAGCUCGGCUGCGACAUGUCCCAUGUGAUUUGCGAGUACAAUGCUGGCCAUGUGAUCAAGACCUACUCUCCCAACCUGAUGGUCCACCCCUACAUGCGCCAACAGAAAAACCUCGGGGAGACGGAGACCAUCGACAGUGUGUCCGAGCAAGUCAUCGGCAUGCUCGACCGCCUCCACGUAAUCGUCAUCGGACCCGGUCUAGGACGUGAUCCUGCGAUGCAGGAAACCUGCGCCAGAGUCAUCACCGAAGCGAAGAAGAAGAACGUCUCGUUUGUGCUGGACGCCGAUGGUCUGUAUCUGGCGCAGACAAGGCCGGACUUGGUGCAAGGGUACAAGGAAUGUAUCCUCACGCCAAACGUGGUGGAGUUUGGGCGCCUUGCGAAGAGCAAGAACAUCGACACCACCAAGGAAGACCCAACGAAGCUGUGCGAAAAAUUGGCACAGGCGUUCGGAGGUGUGACAAUCAUCCAGAAGGGAAAAGUCGACUACAUCUCAAACGGGCAGCAGACUUUGAUCUCGGACGGCGAAGGAGGUCUCAAAAGAUCCGGCGGUCAGGGAGAUACACUGACGGGGUCUCUCGCGACAUUGUUGGCGUAUCGCAAGGCAUAUCUUGAGAAGAUCUGGGACCACGAGGGCGAUCUGCAGCCGGAUGAGCUGCUGACAUACGUCGCGUAUGGAGGUUCUGCCAUCACUCGAGAGUGUUCGAGAUUGGCGUUCAAGGAGAAGGGCCGAAGUUUGCAGGCGGCGGACUUGACGGAGCAUGUGCACACUGCAUUCUUGAACGUCAUUGGUGAAAAGCCCACGGAUGAGGCGAAGUUGUGA